CAGAGGCCGGGAGAUUUGACGUCAGGGAUCGCUUUCGUCGUCUUGACGUGUAAACACUCCUUCCCAUUCUGGCCGUGGCGGGUUUGAGAGCGGCUCCAGCAGGAGAAGCCGGGCAGAAGAGGGAGGACCUGCCAUCGCGGCAAGACACGCUUUCUGGUGACCCUGCCCGCUCCCCUGGCUUCUCUUCGCCGGAUCGCGUCGCUACAAGAGGAGAAAGAGACCCCCCCCUUUUGAAAGAAAGAAAAGAAAAGAAAAGAAAGAAAAAAGGAAGAAAGAUAAUAGCACAGUCUCGAUUUCUCCAACUGUUUGAUUUUUUAAACACACACACACACACACACACACACACACACACACACACAUAUCUAUACGGUAUCAGUGUCUCCUGCUGCUCCUGCUCGUGUGUGUCUUUCUGCCUCUCCCUUUUCUCUCCCGCUGCCAUGGCAAGGAGAUGCUGGGCAGGGCAAUGCCUUAUCGUGGCUCUCUUUUGCGCCUGGACGGUGGCCAUCCUGGCCAAGGCAGAGAGACAGUUUGUCAAUGAAUGGGCAGCCGAGAUCCCGGGAGGUCCAGAAGCUGCAAAGGCCAUAGCAGAGGAACUGGAAUAUGAGCUUCUGGGGCAGAUUGGAUCACUUGAGAAUCAUUAUCUGUUCAGACAUAAGAGCCAUCCUAGAAGGUAUCGAAGAAGUGCUACUCACUUGACUAAAAGGCUCUCUGAUGAUCAUCGAGUCUCUUGGGCAGAACAACAGUAUGAAAAGAAACGAAGUAAACGUUCAAUAAUCAGAGAUUCAGCCGAAAAUCUUUUCAAUGACCCCAUGUGGAAUCAGCAGUGGUAUCUGCAAGAUACAAGAAUGACUCCGUCUCUGCCCAAAUUGGACCUGCAUGUGCUCCCAGUGUGGCAGAAGGGGAUUACUGGGAAAGGGGUUGUCCUCACCGUGCUUGAUGAUGGCUUGGAGUGGAAUCAUACAGACAUUUACCCCAACUAUGAUCCUGAGGCAAGUUAUGAUUUCAAUGACAACGAUCAUGAUCCAUUUCCCAGAUAUGACCCAACAAAUGAAAACAAACAUGGAACACGGUGUGCAGGAGAGAUUGCCAUGCAAGCGAACAACAUAAAAUGUGGAGUUGGAGUUGCAUACAAUUCAAAAGUUGGGGGUAUACGGAUGCUGGAUGGAAUAGUCACUGAUGCCAUAGAAGCAAGUUCAAUUGGUUUCAGUCCAGAUCAUGUGGAUAUUUAUAGUGCCAGCUGGGGCCCAAAUGAUGAUGGGAAAACUGUGGAGGGACCGGGCAGAUUGGCCCAAAAGGCUUUCGAAUAUGGCAUCAAAAAGGGGCGAAAGGGGAAGGGGUCCAUUUUUGUCUGGGCUUCUGGGAAUGGUGGCCGCCAAGGAGACAACUGUGACUGCGAUGGCUACACAGACAGCAUUUACACAAUCUCCAUCAGCAGUGCAUCUCAGCAAGGCCUUUCUCCCUGGUAUGCAGAGAAGUGCUCUUCAACACUGGCCACAGCAUACAGCAGUGGGGAUUAUACUGACCAGAAAAUUAUAAGUGCUGAUCUUCAUAAUGAAUGCACCUCCACUCACACCGGGACCUCUGCUUCUGCUCCCUUAGCUGCAGGGAUUUUUGCUCUAGCCCUUGAAGCCAACCCUAAUCUAACCUGGAGGGAUAUGCAGCAUUUGGUAGUCUGGACAUCUGAGUUUGAUCCACUGGCCAGCAAUCCGGGAUGGAAGAAAAAUGGAGCUGGACUCAUGGUGAACAGCAGGUUUGGAUUUGGAUUGCUCAAUGCGAAAGCAUUAGUAGAUUUGGCUGACCCCAAGACCUGGAAAGGAGUACCAGAAAAGAAAGAGUGCAUUGUUAAGGACAGCAGCUUUGAGCCAAGGUUGUUAAGAGCUAGUGGUGAAGUUACCAUUGAAAUACCCACGACAGCUUGUGAAGGUCAAGAAAAUGCCAUUAAAUCCCUGGAACAUGUACAAUUUGAAGCUACAAUAGAAUAUUCUCGCAGAGGUGAUCUUCACGUAACCCUAACUUCUCCAUCAGGAACCAAUACAGUCUUACUGGCUGAACGACAAAGAGAUAAGUCACCUAGCGGUUUUAAAGAUUGGGAUUUUAUGUCAGUCCAUACCUGGGGAGAGGAUCCAACAGGCACAUGGACUUUAAAAAUUAUUGAUAUGUCCAGAAGAAUGCAAAAUGAAGGAAGAAUUGUCAACUGGAAAUUGAUUUUGCAUGGCACUUCAACCCGGCCUGAGCACAUGAAGCAGCCUCGUGUCUACACAUCAUACAAUACUGUUCAAAAUGACAGGAGAGGUGCGGAAAGGAUGGCAGAUUUUGUAGAGGACCACACCACAGUGGAGAACCUGGGUGACAAAGCCAAGGUGACCAAAAGUACCACCAGCAAUGAGAAAAUACCAGAGAUGGCCCCUUCAGAUGCAAUGCUCCAUCUUCUGCAAAAUGCAUUUCACAGUCAGAUGGCUGGACACCGAGUACCACAGAAAAUGCUCCAUGGGAAUUCACAAAUUCCAUAUGAACAUUUCCAACAAGCUCUUGAGAAAUUAAACCGAGCCUCCCAACUGAGAGAUUCAGAAGAGUCUCUGUACAGUGACUAUGUUGACCUUUUCUACAAUUCUAAACCCUAUAAACACAGAGAUGACAGACUACUCCAAGCCUUGGUUGAUAUUCUGAAUGAUGAAGAUUAAAACAUAUAGAGAAAAGCACAAGGUUGGAAAUAUUCACCCACCCCAGCUCUGUAACACCUCUCAUUUCAGAUCAAGUCCCACUUAUAUUGACAAUUUGCAUGAAUAUAACCUUUAUUGCUUUAAACUUAUCAGCAACCUAGAGAUUCAGGAAAACAGAAAAGGCCCCUUGCUAGGCAUGAGGUAAUUGUCAUUUUAAAAUAUCAGUAAUCCUCUGAGAACGGGCAGGUUCCUUCACAAAACUGAAACGGCCACAGUCACCUAUAACCAGAUUUAAUGCUGUCAGAGACUCCGAUAGGCUUCUUGUCCAUUUUUUCAUAAAUAACAGCAGAUGCCAUACAGUAGAAGAACUAUGUAUAAAGAAUCAUAGGGCAUAUUCUCUUCACUUUACAAAGCUGGACAAAGCUAAAGUAGGUAACAUGGGGAAGGCAUCUAGAGGCCAUUUCCCUCUUCCCCAAACCCAUCAUUGCUGAACCAAUCCCUUUCCAUUGAAACUGGAUGUAACUGGAAGGUCACUUGUUUUUUUUUAAUGAGGGUUUCUGCUAAAACAAGGUAUGGAGUAGGCACACCUUGUCCUAGAAAAAAUAUGUUGGGGGAAUUAUGUGGGGCCCAGGGAGUGAAAAAAUGGCCUUGAGGGGUUUCUGUGGUCCCAGGGUUGGGUGAUUACCAGCCCUAUUUUUGAUUAAAAUGCACGACGGGCACUUAAUAAUGGUUCCAUGAAGGCCUGAUUCUGAUCAGGAAUGCCCCUUCUGUUGAGUUCAGAGACAGAUCUCUUGAGACCAAGAGAGGCCAGAGUUAACAAACACAGUCAGUUACAGCUCUUAAAGCAGAAAAAAGGGUGAGCUGCCCACCCUUUGUAUAAUUUUGGUGUGUUCACUACUGUACAGUCCUGUCCACCUCUGCUCAGAAGUUCUCAUUUCAGUGGGUUUAUUUCAAUGUAAGUGGGCAGUUUUAAUCUAUGUAGCUAUGAAAAAGUCUUUCAGAGGAAAUAAGGCAGCAGUACCUCAAAAUCUGAAGCACCUCAAAUGCUAAAGUUUGUCUACCUUUUCCUAUGGCCAGUCACUUUCAGUUGCCAUGGUGCAACAAAUCUACCUUACUUCUGGAGACACUAAAUUUUGUUUCACUCAUUAGAGAAUUCCCUGCUAUACCCAAAUCAGUUAUGGUUUUGGAAGUUCAAACAGCCUGUCCCACGGGUCACCAAAGCUUUUUGAAUCAUGGACAACACUCACACCGUCCCACAUCUUUUUUGUUAUUACCUAGCCUGUUUGAACCAAAAUAUUCAUUUCAUAAUUAAUUUUUU